ACAUUUUCCACUAUACAAAUGUAUUUUGGUUAGUGUAAGAUGUUUGACAACUAAAAUCAUUAAAAAUGAAAGUUUUUUUAACUUUUCGAAUAUUUCUUUGCAUUUGGAAACUUGCCCACAAAAUUUAAGAGAGAAUGUGACUGUGACACCCCUGUAUUUAAUACGUGAUGAAAAUAUUGUUCAAAUGAGAAGGGUUCUGGAUAGAGGCCCUUACUUUGAUACUUCUGCUACUAAAAACGUGACAUCCUUAGUUGGGAAAACAGGACAUUUAAAUUGUCGCAUUAAAAAUCUUGGAAAUAAAACGGUGUCAUGGAUACGGCAUAGAGACUUACAUCUGCUUACUGUAUCUGAGAGCACUUACACUUCGGAUCAGCGCUUUACUUCCAUUUACAAUAAGCAAACUGGAGAUUGGUCCUUACAGAUAAAGUUUCCUCAACUAAGAGACUCGGGAAUUUACGAAUGUCAAGUAUCCACAACACCACCAGUAGGAUAUACAAUGGUAUUUUCAGUUGUAGAGCCUAUUACUAGUAUCCCUGGCGGUCCAGAGAUUUACAUUGAUUUGGGAUCAACAGUUAAUUUAACAUGCGUGAUAAAACAUUUGCCAGACCCGCCAGUUUCAGUGCAGUGGAAUCAUAAUAAUCAGACCAACGCAGUGGCCCCAAACACGGAAACGGAUUGUAAGUGCGGGAAUUUUCCACUGCACGCAUUCCUUAUCUACACGAAAAUGCGGUACGUUGUUUAA